AUGGCACCUUUUUUGCAAACUGCGUAUACAUUGUCAACUAUCUCUUUACAGUGCUGUGGUUGUUUCGGUCCCAUCGGCGGCUCAAAAGACUAUUGUGGUGUUGAGUGUCAGGCUAGGCAGGGUGGAACCAUUGCCAAGAAUAUCUAUACAUGGUUUUGGGUGAGAUCAUCAUUGUCAAAAAGACUUUGGAACAAAUGUAUGGAGUAUAAAGUAACCCUGGCCAACGGAAAAGUAGUUUGGUACAAGUUGUAUAAAGGAAACGCUGUUCCCAUUUUGGUUAGUAUCAAUUUAUUAGAUUUUGGUUAGUAUAAUAAAAUAUCACGGCGCACUUAUUUAUUUAUAGAUUGCAGAAAGUUUUCUCUCCAAAAUUAAGCAAUAUAUAGACCAAUUGCGACUUAAUGCGAAUAACCGCGCCUUCGCAUAACAUGAAAACGAGGCUUAUUAUGCAAAACGCAAAAUUCUAUUUUUUGUUUUGUUCGAAAGUCAGAGAGUGAGGCACCAAGUUUUAUGGCAGUUUUCUCUCGUUUUAUCAAGUUUUUAGAUACUUUUUCAGCGUAGUCAAAUCAAUUAUUAUCCUAGUUAUUAGUAUAGUUAGUUUUUUCUUCAUUUGACGCGUUUUCGUGGGGUCUUUUUAAUCAUUUUGACGGCGCGGGCCGGUGGAAAUAUCAUGGAAAACAUCGAAGCAAACUCAGGUAAGCAAACCUUUUUUGCGAAAUAAUUUGUUAUAAAGUUAUUUUACCAUUUUUGUGGAUCCCAGUUUGAUUUUUUAAAACACGUGCAUCAAUUUAAAUCUAAUAUCGGGUUCGAAAUCGGCCAAUUUCCGGCGAAAAUAUUUACGUUUUCUGCAAUGCGUUUGUAAAAAGGUCGCCGCCAUUCUUGUUCUGUUUUGAAACUGUUUACAUCGCAAUUUGAUUUACAAAAAAUGGCAAUAUUUAAAUCAUGACAUAACAAAUAUAAAAGGAAAUUUUAGCUGGUGUGAUAAGAUGAAAUAUCUCAUCGAUUGUUUGGUUUCUUUUCGUUGUUUGCAUGCAAACAGCCACAACAACAACAAGGGAUAUUUGAAACCGAAGUCGAAGAGGCAAGCUAAACAGCGUACAACGUUAUACAAUACUCAUACUAUAUUAUUUGUCAAUUUGUUAUAUUUGACAAAAUUUGCUAUAUUAUGUUGGAGCCGGCCAGGUUAAACAACGAAAAGAAACCAAACAAUCGAUGACUGUCCCAGCCAAGGUGGCCAUCCAGGCCAGAUAAUCAGUCUGGAUCUUGUAAACAGCCUCUAAGGAGGUUGUUUGUAGGAAUUAUUUCUUGAUACUGCAUCAAGGAUUUAGUAAUUAUAGUAUCAACACAAUUACACAUGAAUCCCCCUAAGCCUACCUCCAAAUGCAGCCCAUUUUAAGGCCUGUUUAUACUGUGCUCAAUUUUUGUACCCUUAACAUGUUUACCAUGCAUGGACUACCUAUAUUCAUACAGGACGAGCACAAAUAAAUUUGGUACAGGACAACAGGUACCAAUUUUAUCUGCGCCAUAGCAAAAAUUGAGCAUAGUGUACAACAGUUAGUUUAGAUAAAGGGUCAGUGUGCAAUAGCCAGUUUUCUGUCAUGAAUAAGUCAGUACAGUACAUGUAAAGCUGUCCAUAAGCCUGCAAUAAUGCAGGGGGAAGGCUGUGGCUGGACCCAUUGACCUGCAAUUUGUCCUAAUGCGCUCCGUCUUGUUAAUUUACUCUGUCUGAUACCAAACAAAUUUACAUAUCUUUUCAUGCUUCAUAUACUAACUCAUCAGUAAGUCCUAAAGUCUCCUGUAAUAUAUACUUUACAAAAAUAGUGUUAAUUGAAUCGAAUGUAAUCAAGUAGAUGGUUUAGCCAAUAUAUACCUGGUUACCCAUCAGAUAUGGCUACCCUAAGGGCAUCCCAUAUUUGGCCUAACACUAGAUUAUUCUUGCUAUCGUAAUGCCAAUUAAAGCUAAAACAUGUAACAUGUAAUUAAAGCUAAAACAUGUAAACAUAUGAUUUUAUCAAUUCCUAUUUUUUUAGCUUUUGCUCUGGACGAUACAGUCUAUAGAAAGACAGCUGCUAUAUGCAAAAACGGUAUGUACAGCACAAAUGCUGUGGGGCUCGAAGAGGAGAAACUAAAAGCAAACCAUCUGAGUGAGACUUGACAAUUAACAAUUAUUGACGUUUAGAUACUCAAUAUUUAUUUCUGGCCAUAAAUAAUAUAAUUAUAUAAUAUUAGAAAAUUUUAAAUAAGUGUAGGUUAUACCGUUAUAGUUAUAAGUACCGUAUGUGUAAGUACUCUGGGGCCGGUUGUUCAAAGCUGGACUAGUGAUAACCCUGAGUUAAAAUUUAACCUGCUGUUUUAGUUUGUGUAUUUCUGCAUGCCUGUUUAUUUCAAAACGUCUGUUUAUUUCAAAACGUCAGAGAAGAAAACUCCUAUCGAUCCAGACAAGAUCUCUGAAGAAAUAUUUCCAAAUUUAUAGACAAGCUGUCAGGAAGUUUGCUUUGAAUUAAGCUACAGGGCUAAAUUACCUAAUCCAGCUUUCAACAACUGGCCCCUGGUGAAUGGUUGAUUAUACACAAUACAGUCUUAAAUUUAUCUAUAUGUGUGACCUAGCUAUAAUUAUAUAUUUAAUAUAUUUUACUAAUAUUAAAUUAAUAUUCUGAUAGUAUUUCUUUGUAUUAAAUUAUUAUGGCUUCAAUUGAACAUGGCAGAGGUACAGUUGCAGCAACUUUAUAUUGCAGAAGUAAGAGGAAAUAGUUUUAAUUUUAUGGUAGAAAUAAAUCUCACUUGGUGGUAGUUAUGUUACAUAUCUGCUUGGUAGAUAAUAUACAAUUUUAUCUGUAGGGAAACUAUACUGUCACAUAACUGUGAUGGAUAUGUUAUUGGGUCAAAUUCCUAUAUGUUGCAGAUAUGUGGCAGAUGUCUGUCACAUAACUGUGACAGGUGUCUGUCACAUAUAACUUUACUGUGACAGAUAUCUGCCACAUAACUGUGACAGAUAUGUCAUGGGGCCAAAUUCCUAUAUGUCGCAGAUAUGUGACAGAUACUUUCUUGCACAUAUUUUGCAGAUAUUUUACAAAACUGUGGCAUAUAUCUGCCAUAUAUCUGUCAGUUUGGUAAGGGUAUGCACCUAAUGCACGGUUUAUACAGUUGAAAUAUAAAGAGCAUUGUAAUCCUCGGGAUUUUGAUGUAGAUUUUGGCUUCAAAUUUUCCUUGUCGUUGAUGUCUGCAUAAAAAAUAACGAAAAGAAAACAAAUUGACAAAUAAUGUAGUAUGAGUAUUGUAUAAAAGUAUUGUAAAAUGAAUCUCAGGUAAGUUGUUUAGCUUGCCUCUUCGACUUCAGUUUCAUAUUUCCCUUGUUGUUGUGAAUCAGUCGAUGUCUGCAUGCAAACAACGAAAAGAAACCAAACAAUCGAUGAGACAUUUCAUCUUAUCACACCAGCUAAAAUUUCCUUUUAUAUUUGUUAUGUCAUGAUUUAAAUAUUGCCAUUAUUUGUAAAACAAAUUGCGAUGUAAACAGUUUCAAACAGAACAAGAAUGGCGGCGACCUUUUUACAAACGCAUUGCAGAAAAGGUAAUAUUUUCGCCGGAAAUUGGCCGAUUUCAAACCGGAUAUUAGAUUUAAAUUGAUGCACGUGUUUUAAAAAAUCAAACUGGGGUCCACAAAAAUGGUAAAAUAACUUUAUAACAAAUUAUUUCGCAAAAAAGUUUUGCUUACCUGAGUUUGCUUCGAUGUUUUCCAUGAUAUUUCCACCGGCCCGCGCCGUCAAAAUGAUUAAAAAGACCCCACGAAAACGCGUCAGAUGAAGAAAAAACUAACUAUACUAAUAACUAGGAUAAUAAUUGACUUGACUACGCUGAAAAAGUAUCUAAAAACUUGAUAAAACGAGAGAAAACUGCCAUAAAACUUGGUGCCUCACUCUUUGACUUUCGAACAAAACAAAAAAUAGAAUUUUGUGUUUUGCAUAAUAAGCCUCGUUUUCAUGUUAUGCGAAGGCGCGGUUACUAAGUUUUGCAAUUGGUCUAUAGUACUAGUCAAAAUUAAUUAAAAAGAUAUUACCUCGUCAGAUGAAAAGCGGAUACAUGGCGCGUCAUGUUCGACGUGAAAUAUGCACCUUACAAACACGUGCACAUAACAAAACUUUGCUUUUUUUCACCUCAGGGUCGAUGCACUCAGAAAGAAGCUCUUUUAAAUGACGGUGUAAGUCAGUGACGACUGUUUUAUUAUAACCAUUAAUUGUAGUAUACCUUCAUAAUUAUGUUAAAACUACAAGUCAGCGUAUCGUCCAUAAAAUAUACGCGAACAUUAUAAUGAAUGUGUGACAUGUCCGCGCGCGCGAAAAGGAAUAGAAGCGUGGUUAAUUAGCAUGGUUAAUUAACUUUCCAAUCAUGUUAAUUAUCCUUUUUAGAUUAUUGUUGUUCCAGAUGCUGCCGCUGCACGGAAAGUACCGCCUGUCCCAGGAUUAUUAGAGUAUCGAAAAAACAACCAAAAACUUUACAUACGGUUAAAUGAAACUUGGAGUAUGAUUGGUGGAGAUGAAGAGGUAAGGUGUAAUCUGCAUUUAAUUAUCUGGGAAAAUAUCAAAGACUAGAAAUACAUGCAUGCAUGCAUGCAUGCAGUAACACCUCGCCUUUUCUAACAAAAUGAAUACAGCUCUAAAACAUUAUUGCAACCUGAAACAAUAUGCUAAUGUCGUUGCGCAGUCAAUGGUUGCCAUGAUAACAAAAUUUUUAAAAUUUUGUUCAAAUUUGUUAUCAGAAUUUGUAAACAGAUCUACAUAUCAAUGUUAAAUUGCAAUCUAGCGUUCACUACGUAAGUUCUAAUUAACUUACUCGUUAAAAUACUUUUGUUCUAGCGACAAGUCUGCAUUUUUAAUAGAUAGUAUCCCCGAUUCGCCAAAGACCAUUUUAAGUUAAAAGGCCCACAGAUAACAACACUUUUCUAUACUGUAUACCCUAUAUAAUAGGUGCUGGAGGGAGUCAUGAAACAAGUCAAACCAAAACUUGAUCAAAUUGAGAAGGUAUAAGUGUAAAUUUGAAACACUUUUUUGUGCACAUGCAGCUCUUUGUAAUUUCAUGCCACAGUUAGGUUUACAUAUUUGAAGCCUGUAUAGAGUAGAGGACCUUCGCUCGAAACGUUGAAGUUGCGUUUGUAUUUUUAAGGUGGUCAUUGUAUAUCUUUCAUUCCACAGCUGCCCAAUAAGCCUGCACAUCGGCCAACAAUUAACAAAAAUUGGUCUUUACAACUAGUCGUCGUUCAUUUAUUUUUUCUGGUUUUUAAAAAUCUCACUUUUCUGCAGUUAAUAUUUCCAUUUUUCCGGGGGGAAUUAGGAAUUUAAAGCUGUUGCAUCACUCUCAAAGGCUGCCACUAAAAAUUGCUUAAAAUAACGCCUUGUAUUAGUUUGGAAGGAAAUGGUUAAAGGCUGCACAUACGCUUGCUUGUUUAAUCAAAAUUAUUCAACGUAACAUAUUAUUUGUUAUUAUUUUACAGCAACUUAUUUUUCUUUAAAGAUAACCAGGCUCCUUAAUACAAGUCUCGCUGAUCUGAAAUCUCAGCUGCAGAAUGUAACCGACACUGUGCGUGAUCUUAAGCACGAAAAAGGUUUGUCAAUACAGCUUGUAUGUUACGUUAGAGAAGGCAGUGCUAAUCUAUAUUAAUAGAGACUAUAAUUUUAAUAACCAGUACGUUAAGCACGAAAAACGUUGUUUGUCCACUACCGUGUUGGAAGUAAUUUUUUUUUUUUGGGGGGGGGGGGCUGAUUGCGUGUUAGGUUAUUAUUACCCUCUCACACUUUACAGAUUAUCGCUAGUUUACAAAUUAUAGGGGGAUGACCUCCCCUUUUGAAGUAAACCAGGUUAAUUUAUUUUAUCUUUAUCUUUAUAGGCUAUUAGCUCUAUACAUGCAUAUAUGGUAUAUAUAUAUAUAUAUAUAUAUAUAUAUAUAUAUAUAUAUAUAUAUAUAUAUAUAUAUAUAUAUAUAUAUAUAUAUAUAUAUAUAUAUAUUUAUAUAUAUAUAUAUAUAUAUAUGUGUGUGUGUGUAUAUGUAUAUAUAUACAGGGUGUAUAAAAAAACUGAAUAGAUUUGAAAUUGCUCUUGAGUUUCGCAAAACAGCUAUUAUAUAUAUAUAUAUAUAUAUAUAGUUUCUUUGGGUACUUAAUGUAGAAUAAUAAAAAAAAUUUCUCGGACUCAAAUUUUGUAAACCAGGGGGUGUUUCUUUUCCAACAAACUAAAAAUGGUUUGCGCACGAGAUUUAAAAGCUUUAACUAUCGUAUUUUGAGUUAAUGGGUGAAAAUGUGUUGGGUGUUUAAUUGCUGCACGGAAUUUCAGACAAUUUGCAUCAGAUUAAGCCCUUUAACUAUUCACCCAAACUUGCAUUUUUUCCUAAAAAAUCAGCCUUUUUGCAUGCUUAAUUAAUGCUUUUGCCUAAUUUGCAUAUGUCAGCAAUAUGCAAAUUAGGUAAAUGCAUUAAUUAAGCAUGCGAUAGUGAAAGGUCUUAGACUAAAGCAAAUUGUCUGAAAUUUUGUACAGUAAUUAAAAACCCAACAAAUAUUCCAUCCAUUCACUCAAAAUACGAAACAAAAAAGACACCCCCCCUGGUUUACACAAUUUGAUUUCGAGUAAACACUUAGCAACGAUAUAGAAAGGGAUCAAUAACUGAAUUGUAUACAAUAUACCCUACCUAUUCAUAUGAUGACGCCUUAAAAUUAGCUUGUAUUCAAUCGCUCGACUUACGUAUGGUAUAUGUAGCUUGUAAUUAAGAAAUCUGUGGAGCAUUUAUCCAUUCUGGAAAUGCAUUUUACAUGGUAUUGCCGAACAGUACCAUUAAAUCAUGGCGAUGAUCUUAUAUACGUGAGAAUCGUGACGAAAAUAUAAAGCCUGAACCGAUCGGCUCGGCAGCUCUGUUACGAUAAAAUAAGUGGACUGAUUUUGUAUUGUCUUGGAUGUAAACUUACUUUUAAUGUAAGUAAGUAUAUUUUGAAAUUCAGUGUCAUAUAACCCGUAAUUCAGUUCAUAAACUGCAAGAGGUUUUAAUAAACUAAUUAAAAAUAAUAAGUAAAAAGCCAAUUACAAAACCUUUGAAGAGAGUUCAAUCAUUUUCGAAAAAAUAUGUGUAAAUAAGUAUCUUUAAAUUAAUUGUCAGCCAGCAAUUCGAGAAGUGUCUUUAAUCAAAACUAUUUCUAUUUUCAAAAAUAGUACUUUAUAAUUAUUGAAGUAUCAAUUCACUUGAGUGUAGAACUACUCUGCUGCUGUUCAUACGGAUCGUCCCUAAGCUGUCUCCCUUUCCAUUCUAGUUAUCGUUUUGACUUGCUCUUGUAUCGAUAUAUUAAUAUUUUAGCAAUGGCGUUUUACGCAAAAUUUACAAAUCUUGGUGCCAGUGGCCGUUUUGGUCCUACAUCACUUGGUUCUUACUAUGUGGGUAAAGACCAUGGUAACAUGGUGACUGUCAGCAAUGGUAUACAGUACUGGACAGUUCCCUACACUGGUACAUACGAAAUCAAAACAGUUGGUGCGGCUGGAGGGUACGAUACACUAGGAUCAGCAGCGCGAGGUCGGGGUGCUUACAUGAGAGGAAAAUUUGAACUGAACAAAGGAGAUGUAUUGAAAAUAUUGGUUGGACAAGAGGGUAGUAUAAAUUCUCGCAGCCGAGCAUCAGGAGGGGGUGGUGGAACAUUCGUAGCUACGUCAUCGAACAACCCGGUUAUUAUUGCUGGCGGUGGCGGUGGGAUCGAGAGUCUCCAAACGAGGUUAACACGCUGUGAUGCAAGUACAGGAACAUCCGGAAGAAAAAAUCAGUGUAAAAAUAGCUGUACUAUUUGGUCAGGUGGUGUUAACGGAAAAGGUGCUUUGGUAGCAGAUGCUAGCAACUCAGGUGAGCUUUCUUUCAUGCUUAAUUGACCUAAAAUUAUCUUAUUAUUCUAAGGUUAACAAGGUGUUAUAAAAUAAUGUUUGUGAUGUUAUUCUGAGUGUGCAUCCACGCCGGGCUAGCUGAAAAGUUUGCAAGACCACGGUGGGAAUCCGCGACCUUUGAGAAACUAGUCUAAAGCUCUACCAACUGAGCUACGAGGUCAAGUUGGUCGAUCGAGUUGGUGGAAAAGAGUCUAGUUCCUUCGACAUCAAUCUAUUCUAAGAUAUGAUGAUUUCUGUCUGUGAUAUUUGACUAGUAUCACAAAGGUCACGGGUUUUAUUCCAACCGUUGUAAGACAAACUUUUCAGCAUGCCCGGCGUGGAUGCACACUCAGAGUACCAUAUUAACCAACAUCAUAUUCACCUGAGGACAUAACACGAACACACACAGAAACCAUCAAGGUGUUAAAAGUUCGAGGCAUAUUACAGCCAGGAACACCGUAGUUCGGCAAGCUUUCAAUGCAUCAGUGUAUAGUUAAUUAGCUUUUGAUACUUAUAAUUAAAAUACAUGUUGCUAUUACUGCAAGUAAUUUCAAGGGCGGUACAAUGGGCAGCACAUGGUGUUAUUGCCUUAGCAUCAUUUUGUGCCAAACUCGGAGGAUCCCCUGCCAAUUUGUUAUCCUUGCCUAGCUGAGGCCCUUACUUGACCAGGGUUUGCCCAUUUGUGCUGCGGGGGACCAAAAAGUUGCGCUACUGUGUUACUAGAACAUUUGCCCUACAUAUAUACUGUAGUAACACCAAAUAUUUUAAAUUUAAAAGCUUACCAGACUUCCAUAUUCUAUAUAGUGGUGAUAAUUCUAUAUUGAAAACCGAUCUUUAUAAACACUUGGAAAAAUUAGUUUAGAAAAUGAUAUGUUGCAAGAAGUAUUCAAUAGUAGCAAACGAAUAAUUUAAGCUAAAAUAAUUGAAACCAUAAGCUUUUUUAGCUGCUUUAUACAAGAGCGAUUAUUAUUUUAUACACGUACCCAUUAAACAUGUACCUGGACAACGCCACAUUUAUCAGUCUUUCCAUAUCAAUCCCUGGCUCUGUUUGUAGCCUGCAUCCAUCCUUUUCGCUCGCCAGUCCUGACCCUUCUUGAAAUAAAAAAGAGGAAAGAUUGCGCUCGAAAUUUCGUAAACUCGUAUACAUAGCCGUAGAUUAAUUACGUCGACGUUUUUGCCUUUUAAUAUAUUUCUCUUGCGCAUGCGUAAAAUCAGUAUGCAAUUCAAGAAUUAAUUAUCUUGUAUAACUUUAUAAAAAAUAAUAAAAUCGUAAAAGAGUUUAAAUUAAUUCGCAAUAGAAAACGGCGAAGAAACGAUAGUGGUAAGUGAAAAUAUAUACUUGCGUUUUACUUCCCAAACCCUCUGAGUUGUAGCUCAAACCGGACUGGGCAACGGACGUAAGGUACUUCCAAUGCCGGGUUAUUCCAAUAUUGAUUAUUUUUAGUAAUUCGUUGUCUAUAAUCAGGUUUUGCAGGAUAGCGUCAUCCAUGCACACGGUCACGGGUCACGGGAACUUGUAAGACCUUUGGAGAGCGUAAAAAAACACGACUCGCGGCAACUGUUUUUUUACGCUUUCCAAAAUGUGAGCACAUCCUGCGUGCAUGGAUGACACUUUUGUGUCUUAAAUUCGUUAUUCGACAAUUUUUCUUGAAAUUUCACACGCCUCCCGGUCUUAAACGAUAAUUUUUAAUUUACAUUCUGUUUUUUUUUAUACCUUAAAUGUUUGAAAACCUUUUAUUAAUGUCUAAACUACCCGUCUAGUGUAUUUUAUGUUUGUUUCAAUUAUCUUUAAAUAUUAGCAUGCAUGUUUUUGUUUACAAUUUGGCAUUUAAAUUCCUUGCCAUUUUUUUUAGUGCACGCGCAUGCGCAGACAUUUUUCCGCGGUGUUAGGUCUUCUAUAUCUAUGAGCUGAACAGGUGAGAAGUUUAUCUGCGCAUGCGCUACAAUUUUCGCGGUUUAAGAGAAAGAGACUUGGGGCGAGUAAAUAUAUAGUAUUUUGAUUUUUGAGCGUUUUAUUGGCGUUUUUAGGAUCAUUUUUUCUACUAACCGAAACAUUGUUAAUCUAUUGCAUUAUUGGGAAGGAGAGGAAAGUACGAGAACGUUCAGAGGCUAAAAAUGUAUAAAAUUGCAACUUUGGCGUAACCUUAUACAUCGCAACUGCCUCCGAUUCCGAUGGAAAUGUCCAAUAAUUCCUACUAUUCCGUAUUUUGAGACUUGUUUUAUGUUUUAUUUUGUUUUAACGGCUUUAUUGAACGAUGUUCAAAUGGCAAGAGUGCGAACGGGACUGAAGACCCAUGACACUCUCCCUCUUGAAUUUUGUUUAUAUCUAUUAUCAUUAUUUACGACAAUAUUAUAUAAAUUGGUAAACAUAUACCAGCUGAUUAAUAUCAAAUUAGGACGGCUAUUGCACCACAUUUAAGUUAUCAUACAUAAUACAGAUUUGUAUAAUCAUGUUAAAAAUUGAAAGCUGAAUCAGGAUAAAACAAAUCCUGACACGAGGAGAUGGUGUAUGUUUACAUCAGAAUUAACUAUCCUAUGGCAUGAUACAAAGACCACGUACAGCACAUGUCAACAUCAAAACUACUACUUAAUAAAUUGAAGUAUGUUCUUGAUAAGAAGGAUUUAAAAGUUGCCAAACUGCGAAAAUCUCCAGGAGAAGCAAUUUUGCAAGUAUGAUUCCAGAGUGGAACAAUACGAUUAAAGAACGAUGACUGAAAAGUGCUACGUACUUUUACAUGACGGAACUUUAAGCACUAGAGAAGGAUUAUUACAAUUACGGGUACGACCAUGAUUAAUUAACAAAUGACACAAAAUCGAAAACAUCUAAAUCAUAAAAACCAUGCCAAGUUUUAAACGUAAAUGUCAAAUCCUUAAUUUCCCUGUCAAACGCCAGUGGUAAAAGAUCCAGAGCCAGCAAUCUGUCCUUUGAGGCCAUGACACCUUUCUUCGAUUGAAGGAACCAUCUUGUUGCACGCCUUUGGACUUGCUCCAGAUUUAAUUUGUUAUUAUAUUGGGAGGGAGACCAAUCCUCAUAGCAUAAUUGUGACUUGACGAGCGAAAGAUACAGAGUGCGCCGGAUACUGCGGUCUGUUAGCAAGGGGCAUGUUCUUCUAAGCAAACCCAGCAACCUGUUCACCUUGACUUUUAUUUUAAUGAUAUGGGUUGUCCAAUGAAAGGUUACUGGUCACUGUGAUUCCCAGAUCAACUUCAUCAUUCACACACUGCAAUUCGGAUGAUCCCAGAUAAUAUUCGAAUAGAAAAGGUGUUUUACGGCGGGAGAAUGUCAAUAUUUUACAUUUUGAUGGAUUAAAGUUGAUGUUGUUAUUCUUACUCCAAACAUCCGCACACGACAAAGCUUCUUGUAACUGUGAACAAUCCUAUGGAGUUGAGAUUUCUUUAUAUAAUUUGGUAACAGCGUACAGCCCUGUUGAUGUAGAUUCAGGAAUGACAUCAGGAAGAUCGUUAAUUAAGAGUACAGUAAGAAAAGCAUUGGGCUCAAGAUGCUUCCCUGUGGAACGCCAGAAGUGACAGGGGAUCAUGACGAAGCAGCACCCUGUACAACAACACGCUGGGUACGGUUAUGCAGGUAGUCAGAGAAUCAUCUGUAAAGGUUUCCUGUGAUACCGUAAUCUUUCAGCUUUCUUAAGAGAAUAACAUGAUCCACUGAGUCGAAGGCUUUAGCGAAGUCAAGAAAUAGAAUGUCCGUUUGAAUGAAUUGUCCGUCUGAAUGGUUCAGACUUACGCAUAUAUAAGAACUUUAAAUACAGUAUGCUUUAAUCUUUCUUUCUUUUUUCUUUAAUUUAUAUUGUAUCUUAGUUCGACCUCUUUAUAUCAGUCAUUUACUUAAUUUAUUACUAUCCUAACCAGCCAACUAACUAUAAGCUAGUCCUCUGUGACUAUUUAGAUGGCCAAUUUUACAUAAUCUGUUAUAUUUAUUUUGUAUUCUUUUCGUACUAUUUUUGUCUUUGGUAAUAAAUCUUCUUCUUUUUUCCUGUAUUGUUUUGGUUAUUUUGCAUCGUUUUGGUUAUUCAAAAAAUGUUUUAGAUAUAUUUUCGUUCAAAACUCAGCAUAUGUCGCAAAGGGAAAAGGAUUCGGUAUGUCCGUACAUGACAGCAUGUCAAUACGGGAAUUCCUGCCACGUCAAAGCCAAUUAAAUUUUGCGAUUCACAAAAAAAUGCUUGCUACUAAUUGCGCUAUGGGCUAUUUUUACUCGAGCGAAGGAAAUCUAGCGGAGUGAGCCAUAAAUGAUCGCGAGCGCGUCACUAUGUUUCACAACCUCGUAACCCAAACCCAGCGUAUUACCUUCGCUCUCCCCCUGCUGCGGAAAUACCCUGGUGCCGGCUGAUCGCGGGGCUCCCAGAUUUUGGGUGCUGAAAUAAAUUGUUAUUUAGGGAGGGGUGAUAGUCAUGAUUUGUUACGUACUGAAAUUGUUUCCGAAUUUGUAAAAUAGUAAAAUUCUAAGUUUUCGUGUGUUACGAGACAAUAAUAAAAGAUUUCUUCUUGAAGAAAUGUUAAAAAACAACAGGUUAAUCAUGUGUUGCAGCCGAAAGAGUACCUUAUUGCUCUCAAAAUUACAAAUAUCUCGUAGUUCACUGUAUCGGCAAUAUAUCGGCUUAGCAAAAGCACUCCAAAGAAAUUUUACAAAAAAUCUUCUGGAUCAACUGAUAAUAGUUCUGGUGUUGUCGAUUAUGUAAUGGUGUACAAGAUCAGAGACAUUGUAAGAGUCUCUUCAACAAAACAAAUGAAAGAAUUUUGAAUAACAUGGAGUUGAUUCAUGGCGAGAAACUGUCGCAUUUUGAUGGUUUUCCUUGUUUGACCUGCCGUCCUUGUGAACAACGAAUAAAUAAUACGAUUUCAUUCAAGAAUGUAAUUUCCGAAACACGGAAAUCCUUAGUAAAAGAUUCCCGAUCCAAUCGAUGCCCUCAAGUUUCUCCAUUAGUUGCCAGACAUUCGGCAAAGGUUGCUGCAGUUGAAAGUCGAAGGCGCAGUUUGGCUUUAGACUUUGUCAAUGUGUCCGUCUCGAGUAAUGAAACUAGAUCUGCCACACCAUUACCCAUGCCAAUAGAAGUGAGUCAAUUCUUUAUGAAUAUUAUCUACCAAUAUACUUUACAGUAGUUAAUAAAUAUAGUCAUCCUGUACGUAUGUUAGUAAUCCCUAUUUAAACCCAAAACCCAAAAUGGGCAAUCCAAUUGUGAUUUCUCCAUGGAAUAUUUCUUUGCAAAUAUUUAUAGAAAUGGCAGACGCACGAAGGCCACUGAUUUCAGUCGAAAUAUUUGAUCUUGUAUCAGUAAAUUCAAGGGAGACACAACAGUAACAAUAGACGAAACGUCAUGAGUAGGUAUUCCAACUGAUUUCCAUGGAGAAAGAAAGUCGACUUGUUUAAUAUGAUUUCUUGCAAACAUCAACAAUGGAGUCAGUUGAAAAAUCAGAGACAGUUCAUAACCCGUUGGCAGCAUACAAUAACAUCUUUUCUGAGUAAAUAAUAUAUGUUUAAGCAUAUUUCAAGCAUUCCUGCACAGUUCUUUUGAUGCAGAGGAUACAAGAAUAUUGAGAUCUGUAUGUUUAAAUUGUAACUCUUGUCGACGUUUAAACAAUUGAUGUUAUCAAUCGUGUAAUUUUACCUGGCGAAGUUGAAUAAAUAAAUAAAUACUUUCCAAACAACUGAGAACUUGUUUCGGCUUCAGUGUGUUGUAACAGUUAUGAUAUGCCCAUUCCGAACAACGAAUUCCAGACAAGCAAGAAAUGCAGUGAACUCGAGCAUCUCCGUUCGAGUCCGCGUUCGUUUAAAUUGAAAUUAUCAACUUCGCUUCUAUGGCCUAGCGGCAUGUGAAUGACAAAACGAUAUCACAAACACGCGCAAAAUUGGUAAUUUGACAUGAAGUAUUCAAUACAAUGAUAAAUUGCGAUAUCAGUAAAGUGCACUCAAAUUACACUUUUUGUAAUUCAAACCAUACCGUCCGCUCUUUGCCAACGAAUUUUACUAUUGGAAAGUGGAAGCAUUGUAAUUUGAGAUUUGCCCCUCCCUGCCUUGGUAAUUUAAUAUCUUAGGAGCCCCGUGACCAGCCGGCACCAGGGUAUUUCCGCAGCAGGGGGUCAGCGAAGGAAAUACUCUGGGUACGAUGUUGUAUGCAUGGGCGUAAGGGAAGGAAAAAAUUAGAGUGGCGGAAAGAAAUUUGCCCGACUUUUUCGGAUUGUGCCCUCGUUGUCAAAACAAAAAUUUUCCGGAGAAACUUUCCAAAGUUGGGGGGGGGGGGGGGGGAGGAGUGACUACGAAAAAUUCCUAUUAUAUAGCAUAUUUCCAACAAAAUUGACUGAAUUUCCGACAAAAUUGAUACAAUUUGUCCCAUUUAUUUUUAUAAUAAGCCAAUAUUGCCCGACUGUGAAGCGAAUAUUGCCCGAUUGGCUUUGUUUGCCCAACAAACUGGGGGGGGGGGCUCCUCCGCCCCCCCCCCCUGCUGAUCUGAAAAUAAAUUGGAUUCUUAAGGCAAUAUUAAAAGAUAUAAGUAAAAUUGUUUACAGUUUUUAGAAAAAAUCAGCGAAUCAGGUUUUGUUUGUGAAAAUGUAAUAAAGGCAGAUUUGAUUGCAAUCGUUGUAUGGAAUUCAAUCCAUGAUAAUAUAAAGAUCUUCAGUAAAAUAAUAUAAAAAUAAGAUCUGAUUGAUCUGCUUGCCUUAAUUAAUAUUCUGAAUUGUAAAAACAAAGGGUGCAAUAAAGUCUUGUCUUGAUAUAAGGCACGAUAAUUAUCAUUUAUAGACCUGCAGCGAGGGGGAUUCGGCGAAAUAUUGCCUGAAUUACUGAAG